AUGAGCUCACGCGGAUACGUCGAGGCGUUUGAUCCUCGACGGAGUGGUCGCGUGAGCGUGCAGUCGUUUGCAUUGCCGUCGUCAGUGCAUCCAUACUCUGCCUGUUCAUCCGCCAUCGCCGUGCAUCUCCGCCGGCCGUCCUGCUGCUCGUCGUCGUGGCUCGACGCGUCCGAGCUCCCCGUCUGCAGUACUGACCCUGCCUCUCUCUCCGGCCGACGGCGCCACCACUCGCAGUGUAUCGACGUCCUCGAUUCCGGCCGACCUGCUGCUGUCGAUGCUGCUGUCCAAGUCGUUGCUCGCCGUAGCGCUCUACAUCUCGCGCGACUGGUUGCUCGCGCAGGGCUUCAGCAUCUCCGCGCUCAACGCCGUCGCGCUCGCCAUCGCCGCCGUCGUACUCUCUCUGUGGGAGCAAGUAUGGACCACACCACGCGGAAUAGCCAAGCGGAGAGAGGUUUGUCAUCCCGGAAUCGAUCCUCGCUCUUCGCUCUCUGUGGGCUCGCACGCCUUCUCCGGUCUCGGACUCGGCGGUCGAGCAACUGUGGGGGGGACGAGGAUGUCUCGGCGGUCCACGUUCCUUCCGCCUACGGAUCUCUGACCUGGGCAAUGCGCUAUCGGAAUCUCUGCAGGAGCCUUCAACGUGGAUAUACGCCGUUUUGAUCGCUGCAGAAUCCCUAACAGCACUAAUGGUCCUGUCGCGAAUGACUGUCGCUAGGUGAGCGAGCCCGACGCCGUCUCCUAUUCCCUCUACCGGCCGCAUCUAGCUCAACGGUCGGGCCUUCAUCUCCACCCCAGAUUCGUCAUGCUUUCGUCCUUCGCGUCUUUGUGGGCUCGAGGGGUGCCCAUCAAUAUCUCCGGCGCUGGCGCCAAACGAGCUCAGGGCAAGGCGGAUGCCAUCUUCAUCACCACCGCCAUGAUCGGCGCGAGCUACGUCCUCGACAAGAUCCUCACAGGUCAGUCACCACCCACUCGAGAACAGCGAAACUUCGACAGGGUCGAUCUCCCUUCCUGACUACUUGAACUCGCAUUUUGUCGUAGGGAUGGCGCGCAAGUCGGCGUACGGCGUCCUCCUCAUCCACUUGCUCUUGUCGGGCCAACGUGCCGAUCUCCUCAGCGCUUACCAGAUCGACCUGCAAGGACGAGCUCAUAUGCUGGGGACAAUAGGCGGCGCUUUCUUCGCUCUCGUUCUUGCCUUGGCGCGAUUCACCUUUGUGCGUUCUCCGAUCUGGAUGAAAGAGAUCCACACCAGUCUUUCGCCCGAGAAAGCUGACGCCCAACUUCCUCUGACCAUUUCCAGUUCGGCGUCCCUCUCAUUACCACCCACCUCGCCGCCCACCUUCCACAAAAGGGUACGCCCGUAUUUGAUGCAUUCAGUGCCCCGGACCCCACCAUCGGUCUUCUCGUCUGCGCCGCUGCGUUGCUCGCCAUCACCUCGCACGUCGCGGACCCCCUCCUCUCUCGUGCGCUGCUCGCCCACUUCCCACCAGCUCGGCUAGUCUCCUCAGGGUGGCCAUUGGCACAGCUCAGUACAGCAUUCGUGGGCUACGUCGGCUUUGGUCAAGGGCUGGGCUUGGCGGACUAUGUUGUGGCUGCUCUGGCAUGGACCGGUGAGUCUUGGCGUGUACGCCGGGUUAUCUCAGUUCAAAGUGUGCUGACUGGAAGCCCACUUGCACAGCCAUCGCCAACCUCGUAUCGUCGGAUCCUCGAUCCUCGCUCAUUCCCUCCAACGGAAGCUCGUUUGCAACCCCCUCCCGCAACGAGCCCUUCCUCGGGCGCGUAUCCAACUUCUACCGCCAUUUCCGCGCGACGAUCAAGACGAUCCUUGCGUCGGACGAGUCAAAGCGCAUCUACUUUUUCCUUUGCCUCAACCUCGCGUUCAUGUUCGUGCAAAUGGCGUACGGGAUAUGGACCAAUUCGUUGGGAUUGAUCUCGGAUUGUGAGUCGACUGAAGUCGUGUUGCGACGAAAGCCGAGCUAUGCAGGUUGACACGAUUUUAUUACAGCCAUCCACAUGUUCUUUGAUUGCCUUGCCCUCGGAAUGGGAUUGUUCGCUAGUGUGAUGGCGACAUGGUCAUCAAAUGACAAGUUCACAUACGGGUGAGUAGGGCGGCCAAGAGGGUGUUCGGUGCAUGAACCAUUGAACUUGACCUUUCUCAACCACAGCUACUCGCGAGUCGAAACGCUCUCGGGCUUUGCAAACGGCCUCUUCCUCUGCCUCAUAUCCAUAUUCAUCGUAUUCGAAGCGAUCCAACGACUACUCGACCCUCCGGAGAUGAACACGGGUCAAUUGUUGAUCGUCAGCUCGUUAGGGUUGGCGGUCAACCUCGUGGGGAUGGUCGCGACGGGCCAUGGGCACCAUGGGCAUUCGCAUGGUGGGCAUGGUGGGCACGGAGGGCACGGAGGGCAUGCGGGGCAUAGUAAGCCUGAGGCGGCGGAGAAGGUGGGGAAUGGGUCGGCGCAUAACGGGCAUGCGGUCAGUCGUAGGCCGCUUUCCGGUUACGCCCAGGCUCGGAGUUCGAGACUGACGCAGUGCUUCCUCUGCCUUAAACAGCACGACAAACCCGCAUCAGGGCAUUCGGCGCAUUCGAAUCAUGCGCAUGGCCAUGGGGGACACGGUGAUACAUGUGAGGAUGAUGAUGAUGACGAUUGCGACGAGGAGGAGGGUGGGCAUGGCGCAGGAAGUCACAACAUGAAGGGCGUGUUCCUCGUGAGUGCUUUCUCUUUAAAGUCUGGCCUUACUGAAGCGAGAUGCACCGCAGCUGCUGAAGGUUGCUGGUAUCAUUACAGCACGUUUUGGCUGAUACAUUGGGAUCCGUUGGCGUCAUCAUCUCGACACUGCUGAUCAACCGAUACGGAUGGACCGGCUUCGAUCCAUUAGCGUCCAUCUUCAUCGCCGUGCUCAUUUUCGCCAGUGUCGUACCCCUCGUCGAGGAUGCAGGUCGACUCUUGAUCCUCGACCUCGGGGAAGAGAGGGAGACAGAAGUACGGAAAGCAUUGUCCAAAGUGAGUGGCAAGUCGAGGAUCCUCUACCGCUGUUUCAAGCGGCUGACGACUUCUUUGAAUUCUCACAGAUCAACCAGAUUGAAGGCAUUUCCUCCUUCACGGCCGCACGCUUCUGGUGCAAGGACUCGGCGACCAUGGUCGGGUCCAUCUCGGUCCAAUUGGCCCAAGCUCAGUCGAUGUCCCAUUACGCGGAUAUUGAUAAAGUGACCAAGCGGGUACGCAAGUCGCUGAGGAGCUCGAUCGCGGGUCUCUCGGAUGCGAAUCUCGUCAUUCAGGUCGAACCCGCGGCGGGGUAUCCGUUCUGA